AUGGCCACCGCUCGCACCCCAGGCCCGCGGCCCGCCAUCGUGCGCGUCAGCGCGCUGCACGGCGGGCACUUUUCGAUCCCCGAAGAGAACUUUGUGCAGCCGUGCUCGCCGGGGGCGCGGAGCACGGUGCCGUCGCUGUGCUUCCUGGUUGAGCACGAAGAGGUCCCGCCUGGCAGCAGCACGGCAAGAAAACCGACGCGCGUCGUGUUCGACCUCGGCGUCCGUCGCGACGUCGCCCGCUACGCCGAGCCCAUCCGCCGCCAUGUCGCCCUGCGCCAGCCAAUGGACACGCGGCCCGACGUGGUCGACAGCCUGGCGCGCGGCGGGCUAACGCCGCAUGACAUUGAUUUUGUGGUAUACUCGCACGUGCAUUGGGACCAUGUCGGCGACCCGGCGCCGUUUAGCCGCAGCAUGUUUGUCGUUGGCCACGGCUCGCUAGACGUGCUGGCGGCCCGCUCGCCCGAGCUGCGCGGCAGCCACUCGUUCUUCGAGGCGGACCUGCUGGACCCAGCGCGCACCAUCGAGCUGCCCGACCCCUCGGCCAGUAGUAACACUGCACCUGUUGCAGAAGCGGCUCCUUUCACCAAGCCGUGGCAACCGCUCGCCGAGCUGCGCCUGCCGGCCACGCUCGACGUGUUUGGCGACGGCAGCCUGCUUGUCAUCGACGCGCCGGGGCACCUACCGGGCCACGUCAACCUGCUAGCGCGCGUCGAGGGCGAGGGUGAGGGCGAGGAUGGCGCCACCCGCUGGGUGUACCUCGCAGGCGACGCGUGCCACGACCGGCGGAUCCUGCGCGGCGAGCGGCGCAUCGGCGAGUGGCGCGACGCCCACGGCCAAGUGUGCUGCAUCCACGCCGACCGGCCGCGCGCUGAAGCGACUAUCGACAUGGUCCGCGGGUUGGAGGAGGCGGGGGUUGAGGCCGUGUUUGCGCACGAUGUUGAGUGGGAGAAGGACGAGAAGAAUCAGGGCCGCUUCUUUGGGGCUGGAGUUGAGCACGGUCUGCCCAAUACAGCUGUCUCAGUCAUCCAUCCUGCGUUUGGGGCACACACGGCCCAGGCUCGCCUGAGGAGGCUAUUCCCUCAUCUCUUCUGGCCACACACCACCGUGACCAUGGCCGCAGAUGAGCAGACGACGCAGCAGCAGCGCGACACGUUCACGCGCCGGCUCGGCGCCGACGCCUUCCACGACGGCUGGGCGUCCAUCCUUGCGCUAUCCCCCGAAUUCUUCUCAGCCAGCGUGUCGCUAUCCGCCGUGCCGCGCGAAAAAGGCCACCUGUCGCGCAAAGACCAGGCACUGGUCGGGCUGGCCGUCGACAGCGCGGCGACGCACCUGUACGCGCCGGGGGUCCGGGCGCACGCGGCGGCGGCGCUGCGCGAGGGCGCGACGGUGGCCGAGCUGGUCGAGGUCGUCGAGCUGGCGAGCACGCUGGGGAUUCAUGCCUGCAACAUUGGCGUGCCGCUGCUCGUUGAUGUCUUGCGCGACGAGGGCUUGUUCCAGGACGAGAUCGCGAAGCCGUUCGACAGCGUGCAGGAGCGGCUCAAGGCCGAGUUUGCUGCCAAGCGCGGGUACUGGCAUGCGUUCUGGGAGGAUUUCCUCAGGCUCGACCCGGAGUUCUUUGCCGCCUAUCUCGAGUUCUCGAGCGUGCCCUGGACUAAGGACGUGCCCGGCGCGGCGACGGGCGGCAGGGGCGUGCUGGAGCCUAAGAUGAAGGAGCUCGUGUACUGCGCCUUCGACUGCGCGUCGACGCACCUCUACGUGCCGGGCCUCAAGCUGCACAUGAAGAACGCGCUGGGCUACGGCGCCACACCCCACGAGAUUGUCGAGGUGCUCGAGAUCGCCACGCUGCUGAGCCUGCACACGGCCCACGUGGCGGCGCCCAUCAUCGCCGAGCUGGCUGCCGCCUCAGGGGCUGCCGCGUGAUGUUGUGUGUGUCUCGUAUAUACGUAAUGACCUAAG